CGCUCGUCGUUCUCGUUCCUCGUAAUCAGUCAUGAAUUUUAUCUUUUAUCUUGCUUCACUUUUUGUCCAGUGAUUAAUGGUGUGAUAUUGUUUCGGCCAAUUUUAUCAUUAUGACGGAUCUUCAAGCUUUUCAAUUCAACUGCUAAAUCAUAGGUACACAAUUAUGGAUGAGGCCAGGAAAAAAAGUGUUGCCUACGAGUACUUAUGCCAUUUGGAAGAAGCCAAAGUGUGGCUUGAACAAUGCUUGAAAGAGCCAUUACCCCCGGCAACAGAAUUAGAGGAAAACCUCAGGAAUGGGGUGGUUCUGGCGAAGUUAGGUCAUUUCCUUCAUCCAGAAUUAGUCCCUCUCAACCGAAUAUACGAUUUGCACCAGCGGCGAUACGAGACUUUCGGCUUGCAGUUCAAGCACACAGAUAAUAUCAACUAUUGGUUAAAGUCUCUGGAAGCCACACAGCUCCCCAAGACUUUUCACCCUGAAACAACUGAUGUCUACGACAAGAAGAAUAUGCCCCGAGUAAUAUAUUGCCUGCAUGCUCUGAGCAGACACCUUUUCAAAAAUGGUCAUGCUCCCGUGAUGAACGACUUCUAUGGAAAGAUAGACUUUUCAGAUGAAGAAGUUUUAGCCGUUCAAGAUGAGAUCACUGAAAGAGGAAUCAAAAUGCCUGCCUUCCAAAAGAUUGGUGAACUGUUGUCAGGAAACCGCCAGGAAGUGAGCUAUGAAUCAAUAGUGCAGCAAAUCAACAAUGCCAUUUCAUCCAAGGAUUCACAAGCACUCCUUGUCAGGUUAAAAAAUCCUGCUGCAAAAGUGAAAGAUGUUUACGCCCACAAUAUUUCAGAGUACAUCGCUGUGCUUCAUGAAGCCAAAAAAUCCAAAGAAGAAAGCUCCAUAAACAGAUCUAUGAAUGCAAGUCACGAACCAGAUGAUUUUGAUGGCCUCCUCUUAUUAGACGAGAUUCAGGGAUACAUUUCGGCAGUAAACAUUAAAUGCUCACUCAAUAACAUACUUAACUCUGCGAAACAACAUCUGAAGGAAAAUAACAUAUCUCGUAUCGCCGAAGAUUUCCUAUCACUAUUUACCUCACUAGACUUGAAAAAUGUCAAUGGUAACAAUGCCGUGUCCUAUGCAGAGAGCGCCUUACGUUCAAACUUUUCCUCAGUAAAUUUAGAUGAUAUCACAGACAUAAAGUGGUUUCUGCAAACAAUGGUUAAUGAGACUAAUGAUAACAUAAAAAAAUCAAGCAAUUUAACUACUGCUGUCUCUCAGGUUAAUGAAGCGUUAGAUAGAGGAACUGUUUUCGAUCUCAUGAAGGCCCUGAAGAGCCCAGCUUUAGGACUAAAUCAGUCGAAAAUCGAUGACUUCUCUGCUCCUCUUUAUUUUGAAGAAAUGAAGGUGGACAAAACUGAUUUAAACUGUGAUUUAACCCAUGAUGAUAUUGUCGGUAGUGUUGAUGUAUUAUUUUUAAUAUCAUCUGUGUCAAGAGCAGUCGAUACACAAAAUCCAGAGCUCGUAUGGGACUCCUUGAACAAUUUGAACGCUCACCUUAGUAACCUAGACAAAGCUUGUAAACUUCCAUAUUAUCGAGCCCUGUGUGCUAACCGUUAUUAUAAAGUAUCGCAGGCCUGCAAUUGCCCACUUUUGACGUAUCAAAAUAUCCAAGAGUGCAUUGACAUUGUAAACGAACAAAGUAAAGUAAAUGAUGCAAUUAUCGAGAGUUUACACGACUUGAAUGCUGCCUUACUUCAGAACAAUAAAAACAAGGCACUGAAAAUUUUGAAGAAUCCAAUUCUAAAUGUAAGUGAGAACAUAUCAGAUCAAGAAGAUGAAAUGAUCUACACUAUGCUUUUAGAGCAACUGGAAAAGCAGAAGAAUGAUUCUGAACUUUGGCUAGAGGAUAUUGAGAAGAUAAUCAUCGAUGCCAAGCAAGAAGUUGAAGAGAUUCGCACUGCUUGGCGUUUCUUGGUGGAAGUGAAUGCAGCCCUUGCUAACAAUGAUGAGAAUGGAUGCUUGUUUGCCCUGCAUGAAAAUCAAAUUCUCGGCAACCGCCAAAUAAGUAAUUCAUCAGAUAUAUACAAGUCUUUGAAACAUCUCCACCGCAAAAAAACUGGGGACUCACCAUGGAUCUCUUAUAUUACGAAAAAAAAACACAAAGUGUUUAUUGAUAUGAGAAACGGAAAUUACGAAUGUACGCAGCCAGUAGAUUCAAAAAAAAGUGAGCCUGAGUAUCUCGGCAAACAGGAAAUCGAAUAUAUUGUAUCAAGAAGCGCCAAGAAGAAAGAGGCUCAGGAGAUGGAAAAAUGUAUAAUCAAUUUCCAAGCAUGUUGUCGAGGUUAUCUCUUUCGAGAGAAGUUAGCACAUCGUUUGUCUUUCUUUGAAGCUAACGAGCACUAUGUGAGAAUUAUUCAAAGGUGGUGGCGCAAUACAUUACUGUUGAAAAAAGUCAAGGAAAUUAACCGGUUGAAAAAUAAUCACACCACUUUUAUUGAAAGGCUUAACUAUUAUCAGAAUAAUGUCGAUAAAAUUAUAAAAAUUCAAGCCUUAUGGCGUGGCAGAAUGGUACGCCAAGCUCUCACUACUAUAUCCAUGCAAACAAAUCCAUCCUUCAAAAUCGUACGGAAAUUUGUCCCACUACUUGAUUUUAACAUCGAAGAUUAUCGAAAAGAAAUUGAACUCCAGUCGCUGAGGAAGCAAGUAGUUCAGUACAUUCGGCACAGUCAAGAGCUAGCAAAACAAAUAGAUGAAAUGGAUAUCAAAAUUGGCCUACUUGUUCAAAACCGAAUAUCUCUUGAAGAGGUUGUGACACACAGAAAGGCUUUAAAUGAUGUUGUAAAUAAGAGGACAAACAGCACCUCAACUGUCAGUCGAGGUGGAUUGAAGUCUUUGCAGAAAGAAAGUAGAGAUUUGCUAAACGGAUAUCAGCAUCUGUUCUAUUUACUUCAAACAAAUCCUGUAUAUUUAUCUAAGUUGAUAUUUUUAGUACCGUACAGUCGCACUCAAAAACUCCUCCAACAACUCAUUUUUACUUUGUUUAAUUUUGGCAGUAGCCAUCGAGAUGAGUAUUUGCUCCUCAAACUUCUGAGGACUUCACUCGAAGAGGAAAUUCAGAAUAAAUUUGAUAGUGUCCAUGAUGUCAUUACCGGCAAUCCACUAGUUUUAAAAGUUGCAGUGAAUUACGCUCGGCAUAAAUUUGGGCAACAGUCGCUGCGUGUUAUUCUAGGACCUUUGAUCAAGAAAGUCUUGGGCGCUCGGGACAUGAUCAUUGAUACUAAUCCAAUUACCAUCUUCAGAAAUUGGCGAAGUCAGCAAGAAAUGAGCACGGGUAAACAGUCUGACUUGCCCCUAAAUGUAGAUCAAGAGACAGCGCUGCAGUAUGAAGAAGUGAGGGACCGCCUGCAAACGGCCAUUGAAUCCUUGAAAUCCUUGACAACCAUGUUUUUGAAUCGAAUCACUCAAAGCAAAACUGUCAUUCCCUAUGGACUGUUGUAUAUGGCUAAAAUCUUGCGCAGUGCCUUACAGAAGAAGUUCCCAACACUGAGUGAGAAAGAUGUAUUAAAGGUCAUUGGACAUUUAAUCUACUAUCAGUUUUUCAACUCUGCCAUAGUUGCCCCGGAUGCCUUCGAUAUCAUUCCUCUAGAGGCAAACAAAAUGCUGUCAAACAAUCACAGGAACAAUUUAGCCAGCAUCGCUAAACUGCUACAAUUUGCUGCUUCUAAAAAAGGGUUUGGUGAAGAGUCCAAACACUUGAUAUGUUUGAAUCCAUUCAUUAUCGAGUGCCAUGAGGCGUUCAAAAAGUUCUUCAGGGAUUGCUGCGAUGUAGAGGAGCUUGAAACCUAUUAUAGUGUCACUGAAUUUUCAGAGGCUAUCUUGAUUCAUCAGCCAUCAAUAUACAUUACUCUAGAGGAACUGUGUAAUACACAUAAUUUGUUGCAUGAAUAUGAAUAUCAGAUAGCGCCGGAUGCAGAGGACCCCUUGCAUGAACUUCUAGACGAUCUAGGCUGUGAGCCUCCGUCAGUUGGUCAGCUGAUGGGUCUUAACCCUGCAGAAGAAAUUUUCAACCGACAUCUGGGAAAGACAGACCUAUAUCUUACCUUAGUGAAUAAAUUUGAGGUGGAGGAAAACAAAGAAGCUGUCACAGAAGAUACCAAAUUAUUCAUAGCCACCAAAGAGCUUCUAGUCCGAGUGAUGCCUUUUUUAAACGGUCACAAUUUGCCUGGUUCCUUGAGGAUAGAACCUUCUCCUGAGCAAGAAAGAGAAUUUGAAAAGAGGACGGAGGAAAUUCUAGCCAGACAUGCUAGUAACAACUGUGAAUCAAACCCUGAUUGUUACAUUGGAUCGCUGAGGAAUUGUAAAACAAAAUUGCGAAACUAUCUGAACCAACUUGAAGAAAAAGGUUUUGUGUCUCGCAACGAUGGUUACCAAAGUAUCAUUUCUGCUCUGGCUCAAGAUAUUUGUAACAAAAGGAAGUAUAGGAAAAUCCAAUCUCAGGAGUUACAAACUGUGAGAGAAACGAGGAAGAAUUUGGAAGACAAAAUCUGCUUUUACAAAGACAAAGUCAAAUACUACAAUGAGUAUGUGCAAAACUGUCUCGAGAAUCAAAAAUUAAAGAAGAACCCACACACGUUGUCUGACAGUAGCAAGUCCAAGUCCAAGAAGAAACUUUGCCACCGUUUCUCUGCAAAGAAGCUGAAAGAAACUGGUGUCCUGCUCGAAAUUGAGGGUUUGCCAACCUCUCAGUUCAAAAAUGUCCAGUUUGAAAUAUCUCCAGCUGAAACCAAUGGCAUGUUUAAAGUCAAAGGUAAAUUCAUGGGAGUUGAAAUGGAAACUGUUGAAGUCAACCUACAGGACCUGCUUCGCAAGCAGUACGAAGGUGUCACCAUCAUGGAUAUGUUUGGUCAAGCUAAAAUAAACAUAAAUCUACUAAUAUUUUUGCUAAAUAAAAAAUUUUACAGUUAAUUUUAUUAUUAACUAUAUGGUAUGGUAUUUCAAAUUUUCAUCAGUGAAUGGCAUUAAUUACUUAGUAUAAAAAAAAUGAACACAUUUUUUUUUUUCCAGAAGAAAAUGAAUAGUUUUAAGUGUGCUCAUCGAAUUAUAUGUUUUUGUGAUAUUAAGUCAAAUCUGAUGAAGAAGAUCAAAAUAAAGAUAAAAAAAUGUAUUCAUUCUGUCCUGAGUUGCAUAAUUGGAGUUUUAGAUUUGUGUAAGUAGCUGAUUAUCAACUUUUAUUGAUUUUUUCAUGUUAUUAUUUUUUAAAAUUCUAUUCAUUCUGUUGUGAUAUAAUCCAAAAGUACAAUGCACCUAUGAGGGGGCCUAUCAAUUAUCUCCUCCUCUUCAGUCUCUUCACCUACUAAUUCUUUUAGCUUAUUUUUGUAUGGCAGUGAAUAAAAUUUUCUACCUUUCUUAA